AUGCUCACAUCGCCUCGAAACCUUCCAGAAGACUACAAAUUUUGGAAAACGCAACCGGUACCAGACCUGGAAAUCACACAGAAUGAACCGAUUGAACCCGAUGUUCCUGUCUCCCAGAUCCGAACUGAGAGUUACAGCCUUCCUCCGGGUUUCGAGUGGUGUGACCUCGACCUGAAUAGCCCCACAGAGCUCGACGAAUUGUACACAUUACUGAAUGAAAAUUACGUGGAAGAUGACGACCACAUCUUUCGAUUCUCCUAUGCUCGUGACUUCCUCAAGUGGACAAUGCAACCACCCGGUUGGCGUCCCGAAUGGCACGUCAGUGUUCGUGUGGAAAAGAACAAGAAACUUGUGGGAUUUAUUGCCGGUAUGCCUUGUGAUAUUCGGGUUCACAACAUGACGAGAAAGAUGGUUGAAAUCAACUUCCUCUGUGUCCACAAGCGUCUACGCGACAAACGCAUGGCCCCAGUGCUCAUUCGUGAAAUAACGCGACGCGUCAACCUUCAUGUUGUGCUUCCUCGGCCAGUUAGCUGUUACCUGGGCGACGUAUCCAAUUCCUUCUUAGUGUACUGGCAUCGUCCAUUGAAUCCUCGUAAACUCGUUGACGUCGGCUUCUCUCACCUCACACGAACAAUGACCCUGCAACGUGCCAUCAAGCUCUACCGUCUACCCGACGAGAACAGUCUGCCGGGUUUUCGUGAGCUUCAGCCAAAGGACCUGCCUGUUUGUCGUCGCCUCCUGUCUGAGUACUUGGAGAAGGCCUGCAAGUUGCAUCCUGUCUUCUCCGAGGAGGAAUUCGCGCAUUGGUUCCUGCCACGGGAGGACAUCGUGCACGCGUUUGUCGUCGAGAAGGACAACAAGGUAACCGACAUGAUCUCGUUCUACUCGUUGCCGAGCUCGGUGAUGCAGAACCCGCGACAUUCGAUGCUCCGGGCUGCCUACUCGUUCUACAACUUCUCCACCGCCACGCCGUUGUCCCUUCUCAUGAAAGAGGCUCUCAUCAAGGCUAAACAGCUUGGCUACGACGUGUUCAAUGCUCUCGAUCUACUCGACAAUUCGACGUUUUUCGAGGAUCUUAAAUUUGGAAUCGGUGACGGCAAUCUCCACUACUACCUGUACAACUGGCGCUGCCCCACACUCGAGCCUAAAGAGGUGGGCGUGGUUCUGCAGUAG